AUGGCUACCAUCACAGAUCACGAAGUCGUCUACGCUGGCGACAAGAAAAUCCACUACCUGGCGGCUGGCCCCGUCAAUGGCCCUCUGAUCCUCUUUAUUCACGGAUGGCCAGCCACGGCCAUCACCUGGAAAGCCCAGCUUGAUGCCUUUGCCGCCGUGGGCUUCAGAGCCAUUGCCCCUGAUAUGCCUGGCUAUGGUCAGUCGACCGCUCGUCGCGUUGUGGACGACUACUGCCAGGAAGCGAUUGUGGAGGGCAUGAUGGCCUUGCUGGCGGACACGGGCCGCAAGGCAGCGAUCUGGGCCGGCCAUGACUGGGGCUCUGGGGUGACUUCCUCGGUCGCGAUUCAACACCCCGAAGCGGUCAAAGCCCUUGUAUCUAUGUGUGUGCCAUACUCGACCGUCGAGCUUGGCUGGGACGGUUUGCUUCCGUUGGUGAACCGUGACAUUUACCCGGCGGAUGAAUAUGAGGUUGGUCAGUGGGAUUAUAUGAAGCUGUACGAGGAGGAUUUUGAAAAGACCAUCGAAUGGUUUGACAGUGACGUUGCUGGAUUCUGCAAAGCCGUCAUGCAAAGGCCAACCUCGGUGCCAAACCGUGCUGCCCCCGUAAUGAUGUCCACGGUGCGCAAGAAUGGAUGGAUGGGCGGCCUUCCGAAGCCACCGAGUGAAGACAUGACAGGGCCUCCGAUGCUUCCAGCCGAUGUUUUCGACUCGUUCAGCAAGGAUAUGCAGCGAACGGGGCUUUGGACGGGUUCUGCCUACUACUUGCACCAUAAACGAAAUGCGGAAUAUAAUGGAAAUCGGGAGAGAAGGUUGAAGCAGCCGGUGCUGUUUAUCCAUGCCUUAUGGGAUUUGCUGUGUGAUACCAAGACGUCGCGACUCAUCGAGCCCAUGAGAGACAUUUGUUCGAACUUGACAGAGGUUACGAUUGAGGCGGCGCAUUUUGUGCAGUUUGAGAAGCCGCGGGAAGUAAAUGCUGCCUUGUUUAGAUUCAUACUAGAAGCGCUGCCGAGUGAGUGGCCGGGAUUCUGGGAAAGCGGGUAUACUAAGAACAAGUCUGAUUCGUAG